UUUGCCGGUUGAUUUUGUUGCUGUGAUUGAUAAUAACAAUGUUUUGGCUUCGAAGUGUAUUACAAAAAGGACUUCCAGCCAAAAAAAUAUUUGGCAGGAAUAUAUCUGCUCUUUACAUAACCGGAGACAAAGCCAACGAGAACUAUGUGACCCUGCAACCCUAUAUGGAUUUCAAGGGAACCUUUGGCGACCGCAAGUCUUUGGAGCAGAGCAUAACCAGUCGUGGAAUAAAUAUAAAAUUAGAAAGUGUGCUCGGCAAGUACGAAAAGUAUCAGACGCACCACACCCAACUUGCAAAGGUGGCGGAGGAGCGCGAAGCGGUGACCAAGCUUCUAAAGGAGGUGUCGAAAGCUGGAGGCAGCGAGGAGCAGCUCGAGGAACUUAAAGAGCGUGGGAAAUCGUUGCGCAACGACUUAAAGAGUCUAAAACAAACACUAUAUCCCAUCGAAGAUGACUUUAUACAUGACUUCCUGCACUUGCCCAACUUGCUACAUGCCCUUUGCCCCACUAAAGGGCAGGAGAAGCUCCUCUACCGCCAUGGCCGUUUCAGUUUGGAAAGUGAAGCCACCAACCACUUGACGCGAGAGGACCUCAUACACUUUGUAGACAACAAUCGGUAUUACAUGAUGGAGCAGGCUGCCCACUUUGACGUCAACGCCAUGCAAGCCCUUGCUCGCUAUUUCGUCAACCAAGGGAGCUUCAUUCAAACCGCCAAUCCGGACUUUGUGCGUUGCGUACUCCUGGAGGCCAAUGCUACUCCAUUGUCUGACUAUCACCUGGUACAGGAAGAGCACCUGCAGAACAAGAUCAACGCAGCCUACUUGACCGGCGGAGCGGCCUUCGAGAGCUAUCUGGGCGCCAUGACAAAGCUAUGCGUGUAUCCUUCUGUGUUACCUUUGAAAUAUGUUUGCUGCGGUCGCAGUUACAAUCGGGCGGAGGCGGAGCUAUAUGGACCCGUUCCCAGUCUUUAUACGGCGACCCAGACGAAUGCGGUGCAAACCUUUGUGGCCACGCAAACGGCCAACGAAGCGGAUGCACAAAUGGAAAACAUUCUCAAUCUGGCUAUUGACUUUUACAAAGCUCUGUCCAUUCCCUUCCGAGUUAUUUAUGCACCCGCCGAAACUCUUACUCCUUCGGAAAGUCUCCGGGCAGUGAUCGAGGUGUUUGCCCCAUCACUGCAACGCUAUGUUUGCGUGGGUCGGAUCAGCAAUUACGGCGAUUUCGUCUCCAAGCGAAUCCUCUUGAGCACGCGACGAGAGAAGCACUACGAUUUCCUGCAUUUGGUGGGGGGACCAGUGCUCUACACCUCACGACUGAUAGCAGCGCUCCUGGAGCACGGCGUCCGCCUGGAAGACUGUAAGCUAUUGGGCGCCCCUAGCCAGAAACCCACUCAUCAGCAGGAUCUGCAGGAAUUCAAGGACCUCUUCAAGUAGAAGUAGAAAUAUUGUAAGGUUUCUCUUUUGUUGUGUGUCCUUUAGUCUAACAAUAAGUAAAAGUUAAGUUUUACAUACAA